GACCUGAGGGAGACUGAGUGCCCAAAGCAAAAAGCCCCUGAAGGGCUGGGCGUUCUAAAACGCAUGAGGGCGUGGGGCAGGGCUGGGGACCGGGAAGGAAGGAAGGACCGAGUGCAGAGCCUGCCUAACUCCCGCAGGGCUGCUCCAAAAGGAAGAUGUGCCCCACCAUCUUCCUUUGGAGAGAGCCUGGAAUGUUCCAACUCCGAAACCCCUCAGUGGAGGCUCCGGAGGAGACUUCUGAAGCCUAGAUCAGAAGAAAGGGUUAAAGCCUUGAAAGGAGAACAAUCAUCGUGGGGCUCGGGGAGGCGGCUAGUGUUCCCUGCACUGCCCCAGUCUGAUCCCCGGGUCCUGAACCUUCCUGUCCCUGGACAGGCCUGCCAGCCACAGGCCUCUGAUUGGCCGAGCCCCCGGGUCCUCCCCGCUCCUGCUCUCCCACCCCUGGUGAAAACUGCGGGCGCCGGGCAGGGUGCAGCAACUGGAGGCAGCGGCGCAUCCGGAGGAGACUGCAGCAGCGGAGGACCGGAGCCCAGGCCAGGGGCCGCGCCGCACCCGGCCUUUCGGCUCCCGGGCUUUUGCCCGCUGGGAGAACAGUUGUCUGGGGCUGAGGCGCUGGAGAAGAACGGGAAGAAGGGCGCCAAGGACAGCCAGACGUCCCCAAACCCAACUCGCAAAGGCGGCGGGGGAUGA